AUGCGGUCUAUUGGAAAGGCCGCUGCUCUUACUCUGGGCUUUUUUGGUGCAAGCCAGGCUCUGGAAGCAACUAUUCUUGCCGAUACCAACCGCGAUGGCAGAAUAGACACGACAGGAAAGAGCGACCACACUGGUAAAGACACCUGGACGGAGACCUCUGGCGCUCUCUUGCUCGCCAACAUUGGCGAUUCGAAUCGUCGAUGCUCGUCCAAUAUUACCACCUUUGAGUUUGACGAGACCCUUGUCGAUUAUAACCUGUGCAACGAUGCUACUGGCAAUGUCCAGCGAAACCCAAAGUACCUGGCGCCAGUUUUGACUCUGCCAAUCACCAACCUUGGUGACUCGGCAACGGGCUCUGUGGUGGUGGUAGACAAGACUGCCGCCUCCAAAGUCCGCGUCUUUCUCAAGCAAGGUGAUGAUGGCUGGACCUAUAUCGCUUCCAACUAUACCUUUACGGCGGAUCAGCUACGCCAGGGACUGAAUCUGGGUGUCGACGCCCGCGAGGUCCGCACGGACAGAUGGGACGGUAGAGCCACGCUGCAAUUCUCGGUUGAGGAUAACGGUGCGAAAGCCAAAGACAGCGUUGCCAUGCGAGUUGCUCCUGUGCUCACGCAUCAUCCCGCCCAGCUUGCCGAGCAAGUGGUCGUGACUGAUUUCAAACUAGAGGACGGUGACACUUUUUCGGACCGCUAUAAUGGCGAUUUUGAGAGAUUUUCUGCUCUGGCGGGACUCAAGAAGCCUGUUCUCCGAGCCAAUCAGUCAGAUGAGUGGACUCAAGACUUUUUCGAGGCGGGAUAUACGACUAUGCCGGGGGCAGAUGGCCCGGUCACACUGCGUGUCAUGAUUGCUUCUGCUCAAAACUCGACGAGCAGAAUCCGAUCACACCGCUGGCUCUUUCGCGAGAUGCGAUCUGACACGGUCGGAGCUGUGCAGCAUUAUACAUAUGGCGAUACUACGGAUUCCACCGGCAAUCUCGAAGCCGUCCCGCCAUACACUUUCAACGGCAAGACUUGGCCCGCAGGACGGACGGUCCUGGGCUCCCACCACGGUGUCAAGCCCGAAAUAACAAAGUUUCUCAAUGCGCAAGAGGUGCAGGCACCUAUUGAGAUUGACACGACUUGGCUCGAGGUUGGGCACACGGACGAGUUUAUGCAGUUUUUGCCGGCCCAAAACGAGCGAGGCUGGGUCAUGAUGGUGGAUGACCCCAUGGCCGGUCUUGCCAUUCUCCAGCAAGCGCAAAAGGCAGGCAACGGAAAUGUGUCUGCUCUGUCUCGUCCCGUCAUGCCCGAGGACGACGACACGCGCUGCUUGCCCAAGGACACGCUCGACGAUGUUUUGAACAGGGUCAACUUGACCGAGAUUCAAAAGUACUGCGACGACAACAUCAAGGCCAACAUUGACAUUGUCAAGCGCGAGACGGGCAUCACCGACGGAGAAAUCAUUCGUGUCCCGACGCUCUACCACCCUGCCAAUAACACGCUCAAGUGCGUCAUCCAGUGGAAUUCCACCUGGACCCCAGGCUCCAACUAUUCCGUGCAAGCCAGAGAGGAGCUCACCGGCCGCCAUCGCACGCACGGCAGGCCGCGACCCGUAUCCAUUCUCGAAGCGGCCGGCGUCGAGACAUCGUCCUCGUCCUCCCCGUCCUCCUCGUCCUCCUUCUCCUCUGGCAUUACCCAGCGGGACGACGCGCCCAAGACGCUGCAGGUCAGCGCCAUGUAUCCCGGCUGCAUCAAUGGCGUCGUCUUGUCCAAUACCGAGUACGUGGCGCCGAACCCUUGGGGCCCCAUUGUUGACGGCAAGGACAUUCUCGCGACGGCCGUCACCGCUGCGUACGCCAAGGCAAACUAUACAAUUCAUUUCAUGGAUGACUGGUUCACGCACCACACCAGCCAAGGCGAAAUUCACUGCGGUUCCAACGUCAUUCGCGAGACGAGCGCCAAGUGGUGGUGA